AUGCGUUUCUGCUCUGGGCGAAAUGCUGCUAUUGCAGCUUCCUCUGCUAUUUUCCUUGUAUCCGUGCCUCUGUUUACAUGUAGUCAUCGCACCCCUCUCCCCUUCUCUCUCCCCUGCUCCUGGCAGCUCAGAUCGAAUCAUUCCACCAAUAAUAAUAAGACUAAUACUACUAAUACUAAUAUUAAUAUUAACAACAAGGGCAGUUACAUGACACACUGUGCCUCUGCUGCAGAGGCGGAUGGUUCAAAAGAUAUUGGCGACACGGCAUGGCGUGCAAAGCUCACACCGCAGGAAUAUCAUAUUCUCCGCGAGAAGGGCACAGACCCGCGCUUCAUGGCAUUAACAGAUCACUUUGAACCGGGUGAGUACCACUGCGCCGGCUGCGGAUCGCUGCUGUACACAUCAGCCAUGAAAUUUCACUGCGGCUGCGGCUGGCCGGCAUUCAGCGACUGCGUGCCGCUCGCCGUGCGGGAAGCCGCCGAUGCCGACGGACGCCGCACUGAAAUUCUCUGCAAUGCCUGCGGUGGACAUCUUGGACACAUCUUCCGUGGAGAAGGAUGGGGCCGCAGCGAGGCAGAUGAGCGGCAUUGUGUGAACAGCACCUCCCUGCGCUUUCACCGUGCAGAGUAG